AUGUCUGAUGAAAAGCAUCCUGGUGGCCGCCCACCAGCUAGAAUCAUCACUGAUAACUUCAUGGAACUCGAGCCAAGCUUACACCUCACAAACCCAAAAGAGUGCCCGGAUGCUCCAUCAUCCAUUCGCAACAAAGCUCACAAGGUCUUAAUGCAGAAAGGUGCUGCAGUUGGCCAGACAGAAGCACCAUUUUUCUGUGACACACCAGCUUUGGAUGUUGCUGAAACAAACAGUAAUGGAAAUUCUCAAUCUGAUGUUGGGACAAGCACUGUCAUUAAAAAAUGGAAGGCUGGUGCAGGUACACUCGAAAAUUAUGUUCAUCACACAUUGACUCCUGUGCAGCAGGAAACUGCAAAUAUCAAGCUGUUUCAAUGGGAAGAUAAGAUCUGUCGAAGCUUGUAUGGUUCUGUUGUAGCAGAGGUUGGGCAGUACCCAACUGUCCUAAGCUCCACUGAUAAAUAUUUGGAGACCAUGAAAAAGGUGUUGAAGAAUAUGGAGAUAGAAAAUGGGAAGAAUCUAAUUGCUUUGACAACAGAUGACCCAACCAUCAUGCAAUCUUUCUGUCGCAAGUUUAAAUCUGAAUAUUACUGGGUUAUUACUCUCGCAUGCUUUUUGCAUGGUCUCAACACCAUCAUCAGAAAGAUUGCCUCAUACCCCACUAUGAAAAACUGGCUACAAAAUGCCCAAAAGAAGACAAACAACCUCUCACCUGUUGCACCCGAAGUGAUCAAAACUGUCCUUUCUGACAUGGAAUACUGGCCACAUCUGGGCCAAUUCAUCAAAACAUGCAAGCCCAUUGUCGAUGUGAUUGGAAAUCUUGAAUUGUGGGAUGCUACCUGA